AUGGAAAAGGCCCCGCAAGACUUUUCGGACUUGGAACUAGUGUAUCUUGCUAGAACUGCAAUGAAGCGUGCGUAUUGUCGCUACAGCAAUUUUCCUGUUGGCGCAGCACUUUUGACUGAAAGUGGAGACGUUGUUUUAGGUUGUAAUGUGGAAAAUGCAUCUUAUGGUGGCACAAUUUGUGCGGAGCGCAGUGCAAUCGUUUCAGCGAUUUCACAAGGCUUCAAAAACUUUCGAGCCAUUGCAAUUGCAACCGAUAUGAACGACCCAGCUUCUCCAUGCGGCCUUUGCCGACAAGUUUUGGUCGAGUUUGGUGAUUUCAAGGUGAUCAUUGGAACCGCUUCGAACACAAAGCUGCUCGUAACAACAACAAUGGAGUUGCUUCCGAAUGCAUUCACUCCAACAUCGCUAGACACUUUUGAAAUGGAGAAUUCCAAACAAAUAACUGAUAGCAGCAACGUUGUUAACUAG